AUGACGGUGACGGUGCGCCACGUGCUGUUUGUGCUUUCCCUCGCGCUGUGCUGCGCCUGCGGGUGCGUGGCGGCGGUGCAGCAGGACCAGGUACUGAGCGACAUUGAUGUGCCUGCAGAAUAUACCAACGAGAAAAUAAGAAGCGAAGCUGUUGAGGGAAUGCAAAUGAUUGAAGAAGCUUUGAAGAAGGCGCAGGAUGCCUCAGCUGAGGCUGCGCGGCUGUAUACAAUGGUGAGCGACAGUAUUGAAGCCGCAGAGGCCAAGGGUUCCAGCAGUGGUGGGGGAGUAGCAGGUUCUUUUGAGGCAGCCAAGGCGAAGGAUGUGCUCUACCCUGCCCACUCUGCGAAGAGAACCGUCGAUCGUGAAUUUAAAUUGCUGCAGGAAAUCAAUACGAAUGCGCAGUUGGCGCAUGACUGGGCGUUAGCCAAUCUGACAGAAGGGGAUGCAAAACGUGGGGAGGCUUUUCUUGAAAUGAUGACAGUCCAAGUUUACGAGUUGGCCGCUAUAGGCAGAGUGAACACUCUUCUUCAGCAUGCUAAGAUCGUUGUGGAUGCGUCGGUGGGAGCUCUUGGAAGGCUGUAUAUUACUAAUGCCGCCAAGCCACUUCCUGCUGAGAUGGUGCCGCGAGUUCCGAAGCCGCCCGCCGACGUGCCUGGCGUUGCUGAGUUGCCCAAUGUUGACAUUGGCGACUGUUCGGAGCAGCAGAGUGGUGGCGGGCAUCCGGAGACGGAACCUUCUGGGGGCGGAGCUGAAGCUGGAGCUGGAGCCGAAGGGACGGGAACGACCGGCACAACGGGUGGGACAGCAGGUGGCUCUGCUGACUUGGCGGGGCGGGACGGCAGUGGGCCUCACAUGUGGGUGCGUGCAUCCCUGUUUCUUGUGGUUGCGGCAUACGCUGUCGUAUGA